GCAAUUAUUGGAUUAUGUUAGUCUACCUGCCGAUUGGCGAACCCCGUCGCGACUGAUGCGGAGGGCAUGGCCGUCGAUCUGGCACAUUGAUGUGAUCUCCUGCUUUUGUAAUUUGUGUUGAUUGUUAACUUUAUCGUCUCUCUGGUGUUUUGUGUUAUGUGCUGCGACUGCUCUGUGGACGUCCUCAUGUGUGUAACAGUCGUGCAUUGUGUGGGAAUGAUUGGAUGAAUGGAGAUUGAAUGUUGAAUGAGAAGGAUGCGGGAGUGGAGAUGCAUCGGUGUGAGAGAUGGAUGCAGUUAGUGGAUGAAUGAAGAGCAGCCUGUACUGGUUUGCUACUGUAGUUUCUUUUUCUAGAUUUCUCUUGGAUGUAUACCUUCGUUAAUCUUUUUUGUACCAUCCGGUCCCUUCUUUUGUAGAAGUAGUCGCAUAGUUCCGAAGUUGAGGCUCGUUAUGAUCGGUAUGAUCAUGAGACAUGAACCCUCCAACGCAAGUUGAUAACUGAGUGAGGUACCAAGAGCAGACUCGUGCCUGAAGAUCCUUUUGAACUGAAUGGCUCGCUGGACAGAUGCGAGGUCAAGAGCGUUAUGAUUGAAUGACUCAUAACCAGAAACCAUCCUUUUUGUUUCUAUUUUUAAGUUUUUAAUCAGUUAUAUGUUAGAAACUAACCGUUACUAAUAUACUUCACCGGACAUUUCCUGCCUGGACAUAUCCGAAGCCCGCGCAUACAUCCCCAUGCCAUCCCAUGCUAAACCUAUCAUUUUCCUUCAUCUGCUUAGUUUCCCUCUGCACAAUCUGGCUGCAACCGAUUGCAACAUCUACUCGAUCGAGACAAGAAUGGCGCACUGAUGACAACAACUACGGACGCUUGAGCCCAACGAGGCUAUGCGCCCUAACCCAACAAGCUGGUCAGUGAGCUGACCAAACCAUAGCCAUGGUCAGCACAAGAAGGAAGAGCUACCAGCCCUCGCCGGACGUGGCGGCGGCGCCCUCCCCGGCCGCGGCCGCUCGAGCCCGUCACAGUUCGCUCUGCGACCCGCCGGCGGCGGCCUCUCCGCGGCGGAGCCGACGCGCCUCCUCCCUGACGCCGCUGGGGUCGGCCGGGUCCGCCGAGGAGAGUGGUCCGGCGCGUGGUCACCGCACCAAGGUCCUGCUGGAAAAGUACCGCGGAGAGGCGGCCAGCAAGCUGAAACCGGUCGAGGAGGAGACCACAACUCUGUCCAAACCGGAAAAACAGGGUGGCGGGAGCAACGAGAAGAGGAAAGAGACGGCAGCAACACUGUGUGUCCCGGGGGAGGCGGCGACAGCUGAAACUGGUAGGGAGGCUGCAGAAAGCACGGUGGAUCUAACAGCAGAUGGUGCAGCGAAAAGUACAGCCAAAGCAACAGAGGGUGAGACAAAAAUAAAAUCGAUUAUCAGCUCAACGCCGACUGCGUCGAACUCGAGUGAAGAUGAAGCUAUAGAAGGGGAAGAAACAGCCGAAAAUGCCUCACAGAGCAUGGAUAGGUCAAACGAGGAUGGAUCUGAAAAUAUCGAAUCUUCGUCAUCAGAAUCUGUGAAGAAAGUUUCAGAGGGCAAAGAAGUGCCUUCAGACGCCACAGAACCCGCCACAGAGCCCGUUUCAAAGUGCGCGGAGACAGACGCCGCCGAACUGGCCAUGGAAGUGGACGGGGAGGACGAGGUCGUAGACGUGGAGCGAGUGGACGCCGCGGAGAGCAGUGCCGAGGAGCGGGAGGCGGCGCGGCGCGUGGCCGCUGCGCAGCGGGUGCUGGCCGCUGUGGGCGCCGCGGCCCGCCCAGCCCCCGUGACCGCCCCCGCGGCCGCCCCGGCAGCCCCUGUGUCCGCCCUGACCCGCGUCCGACCGGCGCCUGCGCCGCGCGGCCUGGCCAAGUCGGGUCGGUUCUGGAAGUCGGUGCGAACGCCGGCGUCGCGGGUGGUGGUCAAAGACCCGGUCAGCUACGAGGUGCGGAUGCAGAAACGGCAGCGCGAGCGGGUGGUGAAGGAGCUGGAGAACCAGCUGAAGAACGAGCGGAAACAGAAGCUAGAGGACCUGCGGAAGCGACGCGAGUACAACGCCAAGAAGGCAGCGGAGAACGCGCUGAAGGCCGAGGUGUACCAGGUGGUGAAGAACCCUAACAAAAUAAAACGGAUGAAGAAGAAGCAGCUGCGACUGCUGCAGAAACGCGAUACCACCGUGGUCGGAAAAAGUGUGCUAGACGAAUAAAUAUUUUAUCUAGUGA